AUGGCGCGCUCGAAGCCCGCCGCCAAAAAGCCCGCCGCUGCUCUGGCGCCUCAGCUCGCCGCCGUCCGCGACUGCAUCCUCGCCUGGGAUUAUGAGAGCCUCGCGCUGCCGUCGUCGCUCGAGGCCGGCGCAGCAGCCGUCGGACGCCUUCUGGAGCUCGCACGGCGCUUUGGGCGCGUGGAGCAGUGCCGUGUCUACCACGACAGUGCAAAACGGUCGGGCAAUGUCGCUGUCCAGCACCGCGCCUCGCUCGAAGCGCUCGGCUUCACGAUCGUCGACUGCCCGACCAGCGACAAGAAAGAGGCGCUCGACAAGAAGGUGCUCGUCGACGUCGCCAUCUAUGCGGCGGCGGGGGGGCAGAGGCCGCGCAGCGUCGUGCUGGCGGCGUCUGACGGCGACUACGCCUACCUGCUGAGCCGCUGCAGGCAGCUCGGCGUGCACUGUGUCAACGUGCGAGGCGAGCGGUCGGCGCACCCCGCGCUGGCGGUCGCGAGCGACACGCAGUUCUCGUGGGAGCGAGACGUGCUGCUCCUCACGCCACCGCCGCCGCGGCGAGCAAAGCCGGCGGCGACGCGCGGCGGGCCGGAUAAGGCCAUUCAGAAGCGGCGCGGCGGCAAGUCACCCCGAAAGCGUGGAGCGGCGACGCCUCCAAGCAGCAGGAAGUCGCCCGCGAAGAAGACGAGGGCGGCGAGAGGAGCCCAUAUUGCUAAGAAGAAGAAGUAG